UUUGUUUUUUCCUCUCUUUUCGAGGUCCCUCCUCCUUUGUCCUCUUUCUCUGUCAUUCUCUCUCUCUCCGCGCUUGAGGUAGGCGUCGGAGAUUACCAAGAGCUCUCGAAUCCUUCUCGCUUAUGGCGACGUCUCAGCCAUCAGGUGGCAGUCCUCCUAAACCUUGGGAACAAGAAGGAAAUACAUCUGGUCCUAAGCCUUUCAGGCCUCCUUCAAAUACGAGCACGGCUGAUUCAGUUGAGGCUUCUGGCACAGCUAAUCCUGGAGAACUAGUUCCGAGCGUGAACAGGACUAAUACAGCUGCGAAUAUGAACGCACUGAGUAGGCCUGUACCAACUAGGCCUUGGGAGCAACAGAACUAUGGAAGCACUUAUGGAGGUUAUGGCUCAAAUCUAGGUGUAAACUCUGGGUAUGGAUCGGGUACAUAUGGUUCAGCAUUAGGUGGGUAUGGUUCAUCAUAUGGGGGUGGAAUGUAUGGUGGUAGUAGCAUGUAUAAUAGAGGGGGUUAUGGUGGUGGUGGUCUCUAUGGAAGUUCAGGAAUGUAUGGUGGUGGUGGGAUGUACAACAGCAGUUUUGGUGGCACGAUGGGUGGUUAUGGUAUGGGUAUGGGAACUGGAAUGGGGAUGGGAAUGGGAAUGGGUCCUUAUGGUGGUCAAGAUCCAAACGACCCUUUUAAUGAACCUCCAUCUCCACCAGGCUUCUGGAUAUCAUUUCUCCGCGUGAUGCAAGGUGCUGUGAAUUUUUUUGGCCGUGUAGCGAUGCUGAUAGACCAAAACACACAGGCCUUUCAUAUGUUCAUGUCUGCCCUUCUUCAGCUAUUUGAUCGUGGUGGUAUGUUAUAUGGAGAAUUAGCAAGAUUUGUACUGCGGAUGCUUGGGAUCAGAACAAAGCCUAGAAAGAUGCAGCAGCCGCCACAAGGGCCUAAUGGACUCCCUUUACCCCACCAGCCACAUGGAAACCAAAACUACAUUGAGGGGCCUAAAGCCGCUGCACCAGGUGGUGGCGGUGGUUGGGACAAUGUAUGGGGUAACUAAGUCGCUUCUUUCGAUACCCUAAAUCCUUCAACAUUGCUCUAAAUACACCGUGAGAAUCAGUUGGUUACGAAUAGAAGACAAGUCGUGCAGCGCCCCCUCCAAUGCAGAUUGGGAUGUGUGAAAGCCAAUGUUUGUUUACAAAUCGAGUCUCUUCUUCUCUUUUCUCUAUCUCUUCUCAGCUUUCUGGUUUUGUGAUAAACAAGUUGCAGAUAUAUAGAUGUCGAACUCAAUAAAAUGGAAAGUGAAGGUUUAAAGUGUUUAAAUACAUUUCUGUUGAUAUUCAUAUUAUAUUCGAUUCUAUUCUUCUUUUA